AUGGAACCCAGCGUAGUUGCAAUAAGGUAUGUAAACGAACGACUGAUGUGGAUAGAUUUGACAUUGUCUAGCAAGAAAAUUAGGAUUGUGUCAGUAUAUUUGCAUUGUGAAGGGACAGAUCAAGAUAAAAUGGAUAGUUUUUAUGAGGCACUCAGUGAUAUAGUUGUUAGAGUAAAGGACAAGUGCAGUGUUCUGCUCAUGGGUGAUUUUAACGCCAGGAUUGGAAAUCGAACAGAAGGGUAUGAAAAGGUUAUGGGUAAAUUUGGAGAGGAUAUGGAGGGCAACAGGAACGGGAAACAACUCUUGGAUUUCUGUGCCAGUAUGGGCUUAGUAAUCACAAACUCCUUUUUUAAACAUAAGAACAUUCACCGGUAUACUUGGGAAGGCAGGGGAACCAGAUCUGUCAUUGACUAUAUAAUAACAGAUCAGGAAUUCAGGAAGGCUGUGAGGGACACACGUGUAUUCAGGGGAUUCAUUGAUGACAGUGAUCAUUAUUUAAUAUGCAGUGAAAUUGGGAUUGGUGAUACUAUUGAUAGACAACAGUUAGAUUUAUUUUCGUUCUGGUCAGUUCCACCACCACCAUUGUUAUGGCGAGACUGUAGAGGGAUAUGUCCACAGAUGAUCACUAAACUAGUUAUAAGAUGGCAGUGGCUCUAUCCAUCAGAUCAUAUUUACAUUGGUGUAGCUGAUUUGCACAUCAACCAGAACCACACACAAUUCAGAGGUAUUGUAAGGGUAGUGAAAGGUUCAUAG